AUGGCGCGCAAAAAGAUUGAACUUGCUAAAAAUGGCAUCAGUCGAAAAAAAGUGGUAAAUGUUGGUGAGGAAAUCGCGGAUGAGCUUCAGUUGCCAAAAAAGUCAAAUAUAAUAGACAAGAACAACGACAAGAAAGUG